AUGAAAGUUUUGGGUCCCAACACCUUUGGGCUCAUGAAGCAAUCAAGAAAAUCAGCCAAAGGCACUUUUCAAGUAUUGAAGGAUGUGGUUAAAUUUGGAAAUUUUGCAGAGACGGAAGGUGUCCAAGCUUCCAGUACUCCAAUUGCUAUAGUGGAUGAAGAACAUGUAACACCAUCAAGAUCAAAUAUCAGUAGUUCGGUUGAAGUCUCUAAUGAUGAUGAUUAUGACUCCAAUGAUAUUGGUGAUAUGAGUUUUUGUUUGUCUGUUCCACCGAAGGAGCCAGUCAAUGAAGUUGUGAUUAUUCCAGCUGAGACUGAGACUGAAAUCAAUAUUUUCAGGCAACCGAAUAUCCUAACGCCCGAACAGAUGGAUGCACUUAUCAAAGAACUACAGUCUACUGCAAGGAAGCCUCACCAAGCAGUUUAUGUUUCGGUUGAAUCUCCAUCUGAGAUAGAUGAGGGAACCUUUGCCUCAGGAAGUUCUUUUGUUCCACCACCUCCAGAGCAUGAUGUUGCAUCUAUUAAGGCUUCCAAGAUUCUUGCUUUUAGAGACUCUAUUCCUCAUUCUGAGAGUGGAAAAGCACCUAAGACUUCUGAGAGGGUGGUGAUUAGACCUGCCCCGGACUCCAACAUUGAUCAACACUUAUCUUCUGGUCCUGCUACAGUUGAAGAGAGAAGGGAGAAACAAAAAAAAGGGUUUGAAGUUGACAAGAACAUGGGGGUUGUGAAAUGGAGUAGCGAGCUAUUCCAUGUUCCCUUUCACAAUCCUACAAAUGAUCCCAAUGCCUGGGCGUUUAAGAACUUUCUAGAAGACAAAUCAAGGCAUAAGUUUGCAAGCGUGUCGACAGCGUCAUCAUUCGUUAGAAAGGUCAAAGGUAUUAUUGAUCCGUGCACCAACAAAACCAUGGUAAACGUCAUGCGGCUGCCUACAAGGAAAACGAAAAAGAUUCCUCUUUCUCAGCCUAUACCUGAUGGUUCUAUAAAAUGA